GUUCUAUCUUUUGAUCGAAAUCCAGGAUUCUGAUAUUGAAAUGGUGAAUGCAGAGCAGAAAUCAAAUGCAAAACAGCCAAAGAAGCAAGGAGGAUCAAAGACGCUUUUUGCUUAUAAUCUUUCCUUCAGAAUUAAUAGAUCUGACAUAGAGGAUUUCUUCAAAGAAGCUGGUGAAGUUGUCGAUGUUAGAAUUGCUUCACGUGAAGAUGGUACUUUAAAGGGAUUUGGGCAUGUUGAAUUUGCUUCUGCAGAUGCAGCUCAUAAGGCAUUGCAACUGAACGGCUAAUAUUGUAUCGCUGGAAUAUUUACAGCAAUGCUGGUGACAACUACCAGAGUGGCGGCAUAAG